GAGUCUCGGCUCGAUAACUACUGUUAGUGUAUGGAUUUACGGACAUAUAACGGCAGUGCACAGUAGCCUGAAAUCCACGCUGAAAUCACAAGUUUUCGUUCUCCCUGAAUUUUGACGGUAGUAGUCUGAAGUUCUUCAUCAAAAAUGGCUUUAACGAGGAUGGCUAUCUCUAGAUUGGGAAAAACUAAGUUUCCUCAAUACACACUACCCAUUUCGAAAUACCAGCAAAAUUUUGUGAUCAGUUUGGUGACAUGCAGAUUUGUAUCUAGUCAUCGAAUCACAAAAAACAUUGAACUUAUAACACAAGAAACUCCUCUUCAAACUGACAAGUACAAUAAUCCGAGUUCCAUUGUCCCAGAAGAACGACCACUUUUAGUUUUACUAUGUUGGCUUUUAGCCAAACGAAAACACAUUUUGAAGUAUGCCAAUUUUUACUUGGAACAAGGCUUUGACGUAGCCACUGUUUCUGUUAGUCCAUGGCAACUCAUGUGGCCUGCCAAUGGCACCAGGAAAGUUGCUGCAGAAUUGCUGGACUUUAUGGAACAGAAUAAAAAUUAUCAACAAAUUAUGCUGCAUGGAUUCUCCAUUGGUGGUUACAUGUGGGGAGAACUUUUGGACUAUGUACACAAAGAUCGAAAAAGAUACGACCAUGUUAUAGACAAAAUUGUUGGGCAAGUUUGGGAUAGUGCAGCAGAUAUAACUGAAAUUACAAUUGGAGUGCCACCUGCAGUUUUUCCAAAUAAUAUUGUACUUCAAAAUAUGUUCAAAAAAUACAUGGAGUAUCACAUGAAAGCUUUUCACAAACAAGCCACCCAAUACUACAUUAGAUCUAGUCAACUAUUCCACACAAACAUCGUUCAUUCGCCAGCAUUGUUUAUAAUGAGCAAAACAGAUACAAUAGGAGCAGUCGAAAGUAAUAAGAGGGUACGAGACAGCUGGGAAUCUCUUGGCGUGAAGACGUAUACUAAAAUAUUCGAAGAUUCCCCACAUGUAGGACAUUUCCCUAAGUAUCCGAAAGAAUAUAUCGCCGAACUGUACGCAUUCAUGAAUGAGCUGCAAUUAAUACAGGAUGAAGAAAAAGUCAAGGCACGACUUUAAUUUAAGUUUAAAUAAUGCCAAUCGUAUUAAAUCAAUUUAUAAAUUGUCAAUAGAAAAAGCCAUUUUUAUACCUAAGUAAAAAUCUGUGACGUAUGCAAAUGAAAAAUGAUCCAGCGAAAAAAUCUAUUUCUUUUAUGCUACAGAAGUUUCAGUCUAUUAAUAUGUCUCGAACAAAAGGCUGUGAAUCAAUGAAAAUUAGCGUUUAAAAACUAUCAUAGACUUAUGAAAAGAUUGCCUUACAAAUUCAUACAUGUAAGUGCAUACAUGUUUCAUUAAAAAAGAUGUUUUCUAGGUAUUAAAAUAUUGCAUUGUCUCUUUUGUUUUCUAAGAAAGCCUCGAAAUAUAGAAAUCACGCAUUACAAAUUUGGACAAAGAAUAAUUUGCAUAGAUUAUUGUGAAGCUUUAUUUCCAUUCUUUCGUUUGAUGAAUGGCACGUAUGAAAAAUUACAAUACUGUGUGUCUUAAUAGGAUUAAGCAGCGUUCAUUCUAGCGAAAAUUUUUGUUAAAAUUUUAUACGAGACACUUGUGAUAAUUUUCUCUAUUUUAUAUCUAGUUAAUCAAGUCUCGUUAUUAGUUAAUUUAGGAUUGAUUGAAAAUGAAAAUUGUACAUUCCUGGUUAGUAAAUUGCAAAAAUAAUGUAAAAGUGUAUCGCCAUCGGGGGGAGUCAGGCAGUAUCGGUCACUUAAGUUGUUUUUUUAUCAAUAAACAAGCCAGUAUCGAUGCAAAUAGUAAUAUAAAUCGUCAAUUAUUAUAAUGCUGAUCCUGCUACUUACACCUACAAGGCAGUUAUUCAAAGAAAAAUAAAUUUAUAUUAGAGAGAAAAAAAGUGAUUUCCGUGAGGACCAAAGAAGGUUAUUCAAAGAGUGUGGGGUAGCGGGUAACCCACGCCACCGAGAAAAUCUUGAUAUUUUGACAUUUUAUCUUCAUUGAAGAACAAGGAAUGUAUAUUUUUUAAAUGAAACCUUCAAGAUUUUCUAAGUUAGAAUAACAAUAGUUACGGGAAAUCAAAAACCCAGAAAAGCUAUUAAAGUUACAUUGUUUACAAAGGUUAUUUAUUAGUUGACAGAAACAAAUUGAAUUCAAACAUUACUAAAUCUAGCCUGGGUAAACGGCUAUAAGACUAUGGCAUUUCACAAAAUCAACUUGUUUAUUAAAGACGAAAUAUGCAGGUCGUAUUUUCUUUAAUGCUGACGAGAGAUAUGCGUCUCUAUUUUUAAAAUACGCUUUGGGACAAUUUUCAAAGAUAAAAAUGUUGAUUUAUUAUCGAAGAAAGCAUAGUGUUUCUUCAAAAUUGCGAGUGGCCGGGGCUACCCGACUUUCCCCUAAUUGAAGAUGACAGCGAAUUUAGUACAAUAUUUCUUUUUAUAACAUGCUAAUUCUUUUCGUAAUACGAAGAUGAAUUUUAUAAAAUUUCAAUCGACUACUGUGUAGUAGAUUAAUCUUUCGAAAAUAUGAGCUAAAUUAUAAAAAUUGCAUAAAAGUAAAAUGUUAGUUUAUAAUUUGGAGAUGAAACCUCAGGUUCAGCAAUUUUUUAGGGACCUAAGACGAAUGAAAUAUUCGACUUGUAAAGUUUGCUACCAUGAUUAUUAGCGAAGAUAAUAAAAUAGUGGCUGAUUUUCUAA